AUGUCGAGCUGGUACAGUACGAGUGUAUUCAUAAUCACCCAAAACAUGCUGGAGUUAAUCCCGACCACAAUAGGUGCAAACCAAUACAAUGAGGGCAACAGAAUUUACAUGUUUUUCUAUGCCAUGCAGUUGUGUUUGCACAGCACACAGGGUGUGGCAUACAUGACGGUGGCCUUGUUUUACCGACAUCGACAGGUGGCAUUCAUGGUGGCCACUAAUAUAGCCCUUAUACACGCCCUGUUAUGCGGUUAUUUCGUUAUUUUAGACGACAUGGGCGAUAUCUUUCAGUUUUUAAGUAAUAUCUCUCAAUUGGGAUUUUCAGCGAAUGCUAUUUUUGUGGCCACUUAUGGCUUCGGCCGCUGUCCUGACCAUCAGUUCUCAAAAUUAUUACACGAAAGGCAUAUCAAUGAUGACAAUAUCUAUUGGAAAUAUACCAACUAUUUAUGGACUCAGUUGCUAUUUUUGUGGCCACUUAUGGCUUCGGCCGCUGUCCUGACCAUCAGUUCUCAAAAUUAUUACACGAAAGGCAUAUCAAUGAUGACAAUAUCUAUUGGAAAUAUACCAACUAUUUAUGGACUCAUUCCAGAGGCUGGAUGUGAUUUAAAUAUCACUGACACCAAUGACAACAUGAGUGAUGUGUCCAUUGACUCUCAAUAUCACUCUUUGUCUGGCAAUGAAUACAAUGGAUAUCUGAGUAUAGCGUGGAUUGAUUUGACACUAAAAGUGGAUAAAACUCUGUAUUCAUCAGAAAAGCUGAUCCUAAGAGGUGUUAACGGAUUGUUUGAAUUCAAUUCAAUGAACGCAUUGAUGGGUCCGUCGGGUGCGGGAAAGACAUCACUCUUGCGGUCAUUGAACGGAAUGUACAGACAUUUGAUGACUGAAGAGUCAAAGAUAUAUUUGAGUGCUUUUCACACAAUCAGGACCUGCUUUAUAGCACAGGACCAGAGGGAACAUCUCAUCACUGGAUUGACUUUGACGCCAGACAUCAAACCUAAUCUCAUUUGUGUUGACGAACCCACGAGUGGUGUCGACAGCUAUUCAGCGCUUUUAAUGAUUAAGUGCUUUAAAAAGUUAUCCCAAAAGCAUAGCCUAACGAUCAUAACAUCCAUACAUCAGCCAAACCUCGAAAUACUAAUGCUUUUCGACUCACUGUAUGUUUUGGCCAAAGGAGGGCUCACUGUAUACUCCGGUCCACCGAAACACCUGUCCUUACAUUUACAACAAUGCAAUAUCGCAUACAAUAGGGAACAGAUCCCCAUUGAAGUACUCAUGAAGAUCGCCGCCAAAGGCUUUACUGACCAGAAAGUCAUUGAAUUGUCGGACAAAACAAAUGAAAACUUGGGAAAUAACUGCCGACGACUUGAGAGUCAAUUAAAAUUGCAUUCAAACGGCAUUUCAAUUAAAAACAAACCGUUUUCUAUCGUCAAUACAUACCAUCUAUUCAACAGAUCCAUCGCUAAUAUCUUCACAUAUCUCUGGAAACAAUUGGUGGCGGAAAUUAUAGUGAUGUUAAUAUUAACAUACAUUGUAACAUUAAUAUUUGAUUUUGAUUUCAACCAUUUGUCUGGUUGUGUACCGAUUGCUGUCAACGGAUCCAAUGGGUGCCGACAAACGGCACAAGACAUGGAAGACCUGAAACUAUCCAAUUAUAACGUCGCGUUCACGGAGUCAUUCUUUGUGGUCAAAUCAGUGAUGGAUUUAAUACCAUUGGUUAUAAUAGUGGUGUCAGUCGUGGCGGUGGUCGACAACUACGACAAAGAGCACACCUAUUGGUCACUAUUAUUGGCGAUCGGCUUAAGCUCUAUGUCUUUCCAGAGUUUGGGCCAAAUGUGUGGCAUUUGUUUUGAGGACAACGGAGUUUUAGUGAGCAUUUUGCUCAUCCCAUUAGUUAUGGCAUUCAGUAAUACAGUGAUCAUGGUCAAUGAUUUAAACGCAUUUCUAUUACAUAUAUCACAACUGGAUAUGUUUGCCGCGGCGAUGGGUUAUAUACGGAUUUGGUUUAAUGGCUCCGACAGGUGUCCGGAGGGACACAUAUCUUAUAUUUUAUAUCGCUAUCAUUUAAUUGAUGCCGAUUUUGAUAAACAAUGGCAUCUAUUGGUCGGUCAAUUGAUUUAA